AGCACGCGGCCAGAGUGCAGCAUCAUGCAGGAGAUCGAGGAGGAGCGCAGCCAGUGCCUGGCAGAGCUGACCUGGGACAACCAGACCUCAGGCUGCAGGAGGCAGUGGGACAACAUCACGUGCUGGCCUGAAGCAGAGGUGGGAGAAGUCGUGGUACGGCCAUGCCCCAAGUACUUCAGAUUCCUGACCUCCUACCUGGGGAAUGUGACCAGGAAUUGUACAAGCCAGGGCUGGUCAGAUGUGUACCCUGCACCCUACGCUGUAGCCUGUGGAUAUGAUUCCAACAGCACUCCAGGGGAAGAGCAAACGGCGUUCUACGGAACGGUCAAGACCGGCUACACCAUCGGACACACCCUGUCCCUCAUCGCCCUCACAGCUGCCAUGAUCAUCCUGUGUCUCUUCAGAAAACUACACUGUACUCGAAAUUACAUUCACAUGCACCUCUUCAUGUCCUUCAUCAUGAGAGCCAUCGCAGUCUUCAUCAAGGAUGUCAUCCUGUUUGAAAGUGGGGAGUCUGAGCACUGCUUUGUGAGUUCAGUGGGCUGCAAGGCCAUGAUGGUUUUCUUCCAGUACUGUGUCAUGGCCAACUUCUUCUGGCUGCUGGUGGAGGGGUUGUACCUUCACACCCUGCUGGUCAUCUCCUUCUUCUCGGAGAGGAAAUACUUCUGGUGGUACAUCCUGAUCGGCUGGGGUGCCCCCUCCGUGUUCAUCACUGCCUGGACAAUUGUCAGGAUUUACUUUUUUGAUGUUGGGUGCUGGGAGGAAAUAGUGGAAUCCCCAUUCUGGUGGAUCAUUAAAACUCCUAUUUUGGUGUCUAUUUUGGUGAACUUCAUCCUCUUCAUCUGCAUCAUCCGUAUCUUAGUCCAGAAGCUGCAUUCCCCAGAUGUUGGGCACAAUGAAACCAGCCAAUAUUCGAGGCUGGCCAAGUCCACUCUGCUGCUGAUCCCUCUCUUUGGCAUUCACUACAUCAUGUUUGCUUUCUUCCCUGACAAUUUCAAAGCAGAAGUGAAGCUGGUCUUUGAGCUCGUGGUUGGGUCAUUCCAGGGGUUUGUGGUGGCUGUUCUGUACUGCUUUCUCAAUGGAGAGGUGCAAGCUGAGCUCAAGAGGAAGUGGCGGAGGUGGCACCUGGAGCGGUUCCUGGGCUCGGACAUGAAGUACCACCACCCUUCCCUGGGCAGCAACGGCACCAACUUCAGCACCCAGAUCUCCAUGCUGACCAAGUGCUCGCCAAAGACGCGCCGCUGCUCCGGCUUCCAGGCCGAGUUCUCCCUGGUGUGA